AAUUUGCUAAUGUCAUGGUUUAAGAGGAUGCACCACAAGCCUGCUCAAGAUUGGCAGUAUCCAAAAACUAAUGCUGCGCUGCCGAACCGUCCAGCGGGUUUUCAACUUGCAUUGGCGUAUGGAUUGCAUUCCGAGUGGGUUCAUCUGCAGGUUGAGUAUCACCAUCGGUUGGAUGUGACCCAUUCUUGCAUGACACUAUGCUAGGCUUACUAGAGUAGUGUCUCAGAGCGCCCAAGCCCAUAAAAGCAUGGAUGUCGAGGGUCUGGAAUUAGGGUUAGAAGGGUAGUACCUUGGUGGAUCAAGCCUAGGGCUUGAGGAGGAGAAAGAGAGCUGGAAGACAUUAAUUUGUUGAGAUGAAAGUUAUGAAAGACAUCUAGUACAGUAUGUUCGAACAACGACAACGCAUUCCCCUGGCGAUUCAAGCUCAUGGAGGGAGGGGUACAGAGAAGUUGGCUGGGUUGACGUUGUGAUAAGUCGGAAUAAACUUGAUUCGUUACUGAAGGCUUUAGCCGCUGUCAGUAUGGCACCCAGUAAAAAGUUCGCGGGCCGUUGAAGGCGUGAGCGAAGUGGUGCCAAUGGAAUUAUUCCUCUUCUCUUCUCUCCUCUCCCUUGUCCCUCAGGCAAGGUUCUGACAUCCCACUGACUUCAUCGAUGCGCUGUACCUGCGCCAGUCUUGCAGCUUAUCACAAUCAUCAGAUCUUUCUCCACUGGUAUCGCUUGUUUCUGUAUUCUCUAUUGCCACCCUCGUCCUCCUGCUUCCAAUAACCCUCAACAAUUUUACAAACCUCCACUGCUCAUGGCGACAACUACAGCGACGGUGACGGCCGACCCCGCGCCGCAAGCGCACCAGUUUCCCCUCCCAAAGAUCCUCGAAUACCCCGCGUCGACCCCGCCAAUCCUCAUCACCCAAGGUGCCGAGGGUCGCCUCUACAAAACCACUUACCUAUUACCCGAUAUUCCCUGCGCCCUCAAGUAUCGCCCUCCCAAGCCCUGGCGUCACCCGAUUCUUGAUCAGCGGCUCACGAAACACCGGAUACUUUCGGAAGCUCGUAUUCUUGCAAAGUGUCGCCGCGAUGGGGUCCGUGUACCAGCUGUAUAUGCUGUGGAUGAAUCUGCUGGGUGGUUGAUGCUGGAAUGGAUAUCCGGAGGUCCUGUUCGGAAGAGCAUCAAUGAGCGGCUCGGAAAUAGAACUGAAGGCAUAGAGAACGAUGCUGAGCUGAAGGACCUCAUGCGAAGGAUCGGUACUGCUAUUGGCAACAUGCACAAGGUUGGCAUCGUCCAUGGUGACUUGACCACUAGCAACAUGAUGUUGCAACCCCCAGCUGACCCCCAAGACGGCAAUUCUUUGCAUGGAGAAUUGGUAAUAAUUGAUCUGGGUCUGGCGAGUGGGAGUAUAUCGGACGAAGACCGGGCAGUGGAUCUCUACGUUCUGGAGAGAGCAUUUGGUAGCACACAUCCAAGAGCAGAGUGCCUCUUUCCAGAGGUGCUUGAGGCCUAUGGCCAGACCUUCAAACAGGCCCAGAUUGUUCUCAAGAAACUAGAAGACGUGCGGAUGAGAGGCCGCAAACGAAGCAUGCUUGGGUAAACAAAAAGAAAAACAGAAAAGCCGUCUUGCAGCCAAUUUCCCUACCAUAGUGUCUAAACUCCGUGUGUCUGAUGCUCGCUGUUUUGCAAAAAAAAAAAAAAAAAAAAAA